CCAGCCCCAGGCCGGGAGGCCCAGAUGGGGGAACCCCGGGCUGGGGCCCCCCUGGACGAUGGCAGCGGCUGGACAGGAAGUGAGGAAGGAAGCGAGGAGGGCACUGGCGGCAGUGAGGGGGCGGGGGGAGACGGGGGCUCAGACGCAGAGGGUGUCUGGAGUCCAGACAUCGAGCAGAGCUUCCAGGAGGCCCUGGCCAUCUACCCACCCUGUGGCCGGCGGAAAAUCAUCCUGUCCGAUGAAGGCAAGAUGUAUGGUCGGAAUGAACUGAUUGCCCGCUACAUCAAGCUGAGAACAGGGAAGACUCGAACUCGCAAACAGGUCUCUAGUCAUAUCCAGGUUUUGGCCCGAAGAAAAUCGAGGGAAAUCCAGUCCAAGCUCAAGGCCCUGAAGGUGGACCAGGUUUCCAAGGACAAGGCUUUCCAGACAAUGGCCACCAUGUCCUCAGCCCAGCUCAUCUCAGCACCUUCCCUGCAGGCCAAACUUGGUCCCGCCGGUCCUCAGACCCCAGAGCUUUUCCAGUUUUGGUCGGGGGGUUCUGGGCCCCCCUGGAAUGUUCCAGAUGUGAAGCCAUUCUCGCAGGCACCGUUCUCCUUGUCACUGACUCCUCCAUCUACUGACCUCCCAGGGUACGAGCCCCCCCAAGCCCUCUCAUCUCCUGCUUUGCCCCCACCUGCCCCAUCACCCCCAGCCUGGCAGGCUCGGGCUCUGGGUACUGCUCGGUUGCAGCUGGUAGAGUUCUCAGCCUUUGUGGAACCUCCGGAUGCAGCUGACUCUUACCAGAGGCACCUGUUUGUACAUAUCAGCCAGCACUGCCCCAGCCCCGGAGCGCUCCCCCUCGAGAGUGUGGACGUCCGGCAGAUCUAUGACAAAUUCCCUGAGAAAAAGGGUGGUCUGCGGGAGCUGUAUGAUCGUGGGCCCCCCCACGCCUUCUUCCUGGUCAAGUUCUGGGCGAACCUGAAUUGGGGCCCGAGUGGCGAGGAGGUGGGGGCCGGCGGUAGCAGUGGUGGCUUCUAUGGAGUGAGCAGCCAGUACGAGAGCCUGGAGCACAUGACCCUCACCUGUUCCUCCAAGGUCUGCUCCUUUGGCAAGCAGGUGGUGGAGAAGGUGGAGACGGAGCGUGCCCAGCUGGAGGACGGGAGGUUCGUGUACCGCCUACUGUGCUCACCCAUGUGUGAGUACCUGGUGAAUUUUCUGCACAAGCUGCGGCAGCUGCCUGAGCGCUAUAUGAUGAACAGUGUCCUGGAGAACUUCACCAUCCUCCAGGUGGUGACAAACAGAGACACCCAGGAACUGCUGCUCUGCACCGCCUAUGUCUUCGAGGUCUCCACCAGUGAGCGGGGGGCCCAGCACCACAUUUACCGCCUGGUCAGGGACUGAAGGGGGACCCCAGAAGUGGCUCACCCCCGGAAUACCCUCCUCCCAGGAAGGACCUCCAGCUUUCCUCACGUUUCUUACUUGGCGGGGGGGUGGGGGUGGGUGGGCUGCUCCCUCUUAGGACCUUAAAAGCUCAGUGGUGAGUUGAAUGGGCUGGGACUGAGGGGGAAGGAUGGAUCCUGAUAUUGGGACCUCACAGGGGUGUCUGAAAGGACAGAUCACUCCAGAGCAUUUGACACUGGGGACAGGAGUGAGACAACCGGUGGGACAGCACUCGUUUCUGUCUCUGACAGGCAUCCUCCCCCUUCUCUGUUUUGGAGGUCUUGGAGGGCCCCAGUUACACAUUGGCUUGUCCCUCUCUGUUUUUCAGCACCCCCCUUCUUCCCAAUCUGCCUCUCCUUACCAGCCCCAUCCCAGGACCCUGAUAUUGAAUUUUGAAGGUUAACCCUUUCUGUGCAGGAGUAGAGCCAGGUGGGCCCUGGAAAUAUUUUUUUUUU